AUGGCGAGGGAGAAGAUAAAGAUAAGGAAGAUCGACAACGUGACGGCGAGGCAGGUGACGUUUUCGAAGCGGAGGAGAGGGCUGUUCAAGAAAGCCGAGGAGCUUGCCGUCCUCUGCGACGCCGAGGUUGCUCUCCUCGUUUUCUCGGCCACCGGCAAGCUCUUCGACUACUCCAGCUCCAGCAUGAAGGGCAUACUUGCAAGGUAUAGCCUGCACGCUAACAACCUCAACAAGCCUCAGCAGCCUUCUCUUGAAUUACAGCUGGAGAACAGCAAUUACAUCCGUCUGAGCAAGGAAGUUUCAGAAAAAACCCAUCAACUCAGGCAGCUGAGAGGGGAGGAUCUGAAUGGAAUGAGCAUCGAGGAACUUCAUCAGCUCGAAAGGAAGCUCGACUCUGGUCUCCAACGAGUCAUUGAAACAAAGUCGGACAAGAUCAAGAACGAGAUAUCUUCCCUGGAAACAAAGGGAGCACAGCUGCUGGAGGAGAACAGAGAACUGAAGCAGAAAGUGAUGAUGAUGGUAAGGAUGAACGAGGGGAAGGAAGCGCCGGCGAAUAAUCUGGACAUUAACAUGGUAGCAGCAGCAGCGGCAGCAGAUGAUGACGAAGAAGAAGAAGAUCAGCAAGAAGAAGGGCUGUCGUCGGAGUCCGCCGCCAAUGUUUGCAGCUGUAGCAGCGGCCCUCCGGUUGAAGAUGACUGCUCCGACACUUCUCUCAAACUUGGUUACUCCCACUCCAACGGAACACGGGGACCGGCGACAUUGAUUUUAGCUCCUCCGACGUUCCUGUUUCGUUUCCCACCGCAAUGGAAAUCGUUGGAGGACCAACUCCGUCGCAAUCUGGAGAGGCUCGACCGCUCAACCAGGGAGAUACGGGCAGCACUGUCCGGGAAGCCGACGAGCUACGGAGGCGAGAAGAAGCUCUUGACGAUGACUGAUGAAGAAGAGGAGACGCUGAACGACAAGCCCAAGGAGAAGGCGGAGCCAACGCGCGACCAGGCCAGGGCGGCGCAACUGUCAACCGAAGUGGCACCCUUGACUGCGUUGGUGGAAGACAAGAGGAGGCCAGAAGCGAUACGGUGGGGAUCUAUGCGGUGGUCUUGGACGGGAUCACGUGACCGGCGACGACGAGGGGUGGUGUCGUGGGGAGACCAACCACAACGGCGAGCUUAA